UCAGAUUCUUCCCGCCCUUUAUGCUUUCGGUGGCACUUGAAUCGCACAAUUGUCAAGCUUAGCGCGACGUGGUUAAUUUCCGUGGAGCCCGGGGAGCUCCUACCAGCAUUUGGAUCUUACCUUUUUCUUUCUCACGUCUACAGGACACCAGGCUUUACCACUGAAAACGACAUAAUAUUUCCUCUUAACUCACUUCAUACAUUUGGGAGAUGCCUCAGAUUCUCAAUCCUAGAGUCGUAUUUAGUUCUAUUCCAGAAGGUCCACCUGAUGCGGAGACGUUCACUUAUCUGGAAGAUGAGAACAUCGACAUUGAAACAGUCGACCUCGACGGUGGGAUCCUUGUGGAAAUACUGGCGCUUAGCCUGGAUCCAUACAUGCGUAAUCGAAUGAGGCCCAUCGAAGAACCUGGAGAUAUGCCCGCGUUCGGUAUGAAUGAUACUGUCACAGGCUUUGGUGUCGGCCGCAUUUUAAGGUCUGAGGGGGACGGGAUUGAAGCUGGGGGCCAUAUAUAUGGAUUCAUGCCCUUCAAGAAGUUUGUCGUCUUUCCGACUACGACUGCUAUGUCCUUGGAAAUGUCAGGACUUGGCCUGAAAGUCCUCAGCAAUCCCUACGGACUCCCGUGGCAUUACUUCGUUGGCGCCCUAGGUAUGUCUGGACAGACGGCUUACUAUGGGUUGAAAGAUCUCGCAUCACCUAUAUCCGGUCAAACUCUAUUCGUUUCUGCUGCGUCCGGUGCAGUCGGCCAUCUGGUAAUACAAAUAGCAAAGCUUCAAAAGCUCAAGGUCAUUGCCUCGUGUGGUAGUGAUGAGAAGGUUGCACUCGCCUUACGCCUAGGGGCCGAUCAUGCUUUCAAUUAUCGGUCUUCUAAUAUUUCGGAAGAGCUGCGAAGACACGGACCAAUUGAUAUCUAUUUCGACAACGUAGGGGGCCCUACUCUCGAAGCUGCCAUCGAAAAUGCCAAUAUGCAUGCGCGUUUCGUCAUUUGUGGGAUGGUGAGCCAGUACAACUCCAAGUUGUCAGACUCAUACGGUGUUCGGAACCUCUGGCUGCUAAGCCGCUAUAGAAUAAGGCGCGUAUCAUAUUCCUGGUACACUGCUAAACUCUAUAUAUUUUGCACUUGCAGGAUGGAAGGGAUGGUAAUGACUGAUUGGGCCCCAAAAUACGAAAAGGAAUUCUUCGACACAAUUCCUCGCUAUCUGGCUUCCGGCGCCAUCAAGUACGUCUUUCAUGAAUACAAGGGACUGGAAAGCACUUCCCUAGCCUUCGCCAAUAUGCUAAAGGGUGAGAACACGGGGAAGACGGUGAUAAUUUUAGAUGAAGAUGUGGCCAGGCCGGCGCAGGGACAGAAAGAACAAUGA